AUGGGACGAGGCUUUAAUGACUACAAGUUUUUCUCUGAGGCUCUUGAUAAACAUUUGAAAGACAUGAGUGAAAUUCCUCAAACUUCUAAGAAACUAUUUGGAGGCAUAGUAGUUUUUUGUGGUGAUUUUAGGCAAAUUUUGUCAGUUGUUCCAAGAGAUAGUACAUCUGAUAUUAUUCAUGCAACAGUCAAUGCUUCUUAUAUUUGGGAUCAGUGCAGAGUCCUCGGGCUUACAACAAACACGCACCUUAAAAAUGGUGCAAUUUCUAAACAUCCUAUUGAGGCUAUUGUUGAGAGUAUUUAUCCUGAUCUCAUUUAUAACUACCUUGAUCUCAAUUAUCUGCAAAGUCGUGCAAUAUUGGAUUCAACAAUUGAAACUGUCGAUGAUAUUAAUCAAUUUACAUCACAAAUCUUCUUUCAGACACGUUGA